CACUGAUGUCCAAAGGUUUGGUUGAUGAGAGACAAAGAUUAGCCUCAGCUUCAUAUGUUAACUAUGGCCCGACGACUAACAAUCAUCUUGAUGAACUUCAUACCAAGAGCAGCAUAGAGAGUCCCCAUUCCUCUUUACUCCUUGAUAAUAAAGUGGACUCGUUUCAGUCUUCACUAGACGAUGAUUUUCAAUCUUUAUUUCCAGCUGGUUCCAUGCAGUCGCUUGAAAAUGCUCUACAAGUUACUUCAUUGGACGUAACGUCCUCUGCUGGCCCCUCGUCCUCUUCUAAAUUAUUCAGUCUGUUCCAGAACCCCUCUCCUCCGUCUAGUGGGGCCUCUACUGAAAGGAAGUCCUUGUUACCAACUUUAAAUUUAACCCCGGCUGUCGGCCAUUUUGACUCAGCUGGUACAAAUGGGGAGUGGCCAAAAUUUGAUGAUGAUAAUGGCACUAAGCAAAAAGGAGGUACAACAAUAGCGCCUCCUCCUGGUUUUGGCAACUGUAAGCCAUUUCCCAAGGCCACCACACCUACUUCAGCGUACACACUGUGGGGCGAAGGCACUUACCAGCAAUCAAAUAAAGAUGAUAAAAGCUCCAGUAUAGUCCAG